AUGACGCGAUGGUCGAUCAUCUCACGGCGCGAGGCUGCAACCACUUUUAGUGAUGCACGAUCACUUCCUGUAGAUGCAGCCUCAUGUGCGAUGCGUCGUGACAAUCUACGACGGGCAGUCGAGCUCGUGGAGCAGGGCCAUGGCCAGCAGUGGUCACUGGCAUCGCAACUCAGGACACCACUCGAAGACCCCGAGUCUAUCAGUCCCGAAGUAGCUCGCAAGUUCUUGCGGCUUCGCAAAUGCCUGUCUGAUACUCAGGGUUCCGCGGCCAAUACCGACAAAGCUGCUACUGAUCUGAGUACAGGAGACUUACAAGACAAUGGGAGGCUGUGGUACAUGAGAUACGUGAUCUUCCGGAGUUCUCACGGUUCCUGCUCCCACCUUUGUACGGAGACCUACAAGUGGCAGCACGCCAGGGCCCGGUCAUCAUCCUGGUUGCCAGUCAAUACUCGUGCAGCGCCAUCAUCGUCCCGACGUCGGGAGACCCCAUCAUGUUCCCUUGCCGUCUGUCGUUCUUGCAGAUCUGACCAACCUCAAAGAUGGCUUCGCCAGGGCAAUAAGACACGCAUCUAUCAUGGACCCAAAAUUGCCGCGGAACGAUCUAAUAGUCCUCUUGCGAACAGUAUGGGACGAAAUCAUGCUACCGAUCGUCAACGUCCUCCAGCAUGA